GCUCUCUCUCUCUCUCUCGUGUUACUGUUUAUUUCAUUUUUCACAGGAGGAGAUGCACAGGGUACAACACUACAACUUGUAAAGCAUGGCUUAUUGUUGUAUUUAUAUUUCAUAAGCAAUUCUCAGUAUCUAGUGAAAGGACAAUUGGGCAAAAAGUUUGGGAAUCAUUGGUUUGUGUUGUUUUCUUUUUGAUUGAACGAAAUUUAUUUUCUUUUUUCUUUAAGGGAAGUGAUUAGAUUGUUAAAAAAGUAACAAACUUCAAUUCCUCUCUUUUGCUGUGUGUGAAAGGUUAGAAAAGGGAAUAAUAUAAAAUUAUAGAAGAGAUAAAUUCCAUUUUGAUGUGAGACAACAUAAGGAAUAAAAGUUUGUUACUUUAAUGGUAAAUUGGUUCUUUGCCUUUGGUUUUUGGCAAGUUGGCAACCCAUUAUUUAAUUAAUAAUUUGUUUGUGUACUUUAGCUUUGUUCCUUUUUGAGGGCUGGAAUCUUAGUUUUUCUUCUCCAUUAAGCAAGUAGUUGUAAUGUGCGUAAGCUGCAAAUUUUGAUGGCUCUCUCGCUUUAUUAAUCAUGCUUUGCUUGCUGUUGUGAGUAAUUUGUUGGAGUGGCACUCAUAGUCCUCAUCUAAUUUUAUGGCUUAGCUGUGGUAUCAAAAGAAAUUUGUCAAAAGGGGGAAAAAUGUAGAAAAAUUGUUAAGGUAUGCAUAAUAAAUGGUGCUUAGCAACGAAAAUGGAGGCCUGUUUUGAAGGCGUGUCUUUAUCUUCUUUAUUCCGAUGCUUUGGAAAGUAUUUUCUAGCUCUUGUUCAGUUGAUGAUGGAAAGGUUGAAGGAUAAAUGCAGAACUCUUUUCAGUGAUGAGAGCAGAGGUUGUCUUGGAUGUUGUACUAAGCCACCACUCGUAAUUUCUGUGGAUGAACCAUCCAAAGGUCUGAAAAUUCAAGGUCAACGUGUGAAGAAACGUAGUUUAACAGAGGAUUUUUGGAGCAUCAGUUCAGGUGAAAUGGAUAACAGUGCAUUUCCAUCCCACAGAAGUAUCUCAUCGAUCAGCACUUCUAAUCAGACACUUGAUACUCACAGCAAUGCUGGCAGCACGAGCAACCCUUCUGAAUUUGUAAAUCAUGGUUUUCUUCUUUGGAAUCAAACAAGAAACCAGUGGAUUGGAAAUAAGGGAUCUGAAAAGCGAGUACAAACUCUAGAACCCAAAUUAUGCUUUUCAAGUGCUGCAUUUUUUUCAGAAAUAGUGUUUCCAGUUGGAAUGCAACUUAUGAGAGUGUGCUUGGGACCGGCAAACCUUUUGGCCAGGCCAUCCCUCUAGCUGAAAUGGUGGAUUUUCUUGUGGAUGUCUGGGAGCAGGAUGGACUUUAUGAUUGACUUGUAAGAAGAUACAAUUUUUAAACCAUCGCAUUCUUCUUGUAAACUCUUGUCGCAGGUUCUAUAUGAACAAAUCCUGUGAAUUGUUCAUAUAAACAUAUGCACGAAAGUGCUGUUUUAAAUUCUAUCAGUUUCAAGGUUUCUGGUUGACAACAAACACUGUAAUUUAUGAUGCAAUAUAAUGCCAUCAACCAGAAUAUUCUGUUGCUGC